AUGUCGGCCCCGGCCCGGAAGUCCGCCAAGCCCACAGUAAAGAUGGCGCCGCCAGGAGCGGAACUUAGCGGAGACCACACUAAAGAUGGCGGCCCCGGUCCGGAAGUUCGCCCCAGGCCACACUCAAGAUGGCGCCGCCGGGACCGCAACUUGGCCGAGAGCACACUCAAGAUGGCGCGACCCACGGCGGCAGAUCCGACCGAGAUCGUCCCCGGGGUAAGCGGCGGGGGCGCGGCGGGGGCGCGGCCGCUCUUCGGCCUCUCCCGCGGCCAGCGGGGACCGCGGGCAGGGGAAGCGACAGGCAAGUUUCUCGCCUCUGCGGAGAAACUUGCACCUGCGUGCCGCCGCAGGGCCGGGUUCGGGGACACCUCCCGCUAUCCCAGGGAAUCCAACCUUUCCUUGGACACUCCCAGGGAUGUGGAUCCCACACUCUUCCCACCCUCCGCACGGAUCCCCCGAGGCUUCCACCCCUCCAGUUCCUCUCCGUGCCCCCCCCCCCCGCCAUGUUUUCCCUGGACACUCCCAUUCUCCCUGGACAUUCCCGGUGUCCCGGCAGGGGGGGGUUGGACGGUGAUCCAGCGGCGCCAGGACGGCUCCGUGGAUUUCAACCGGACGUGGAGUGAGUACCGGGACGGCUUCGGGGCCCUGAGCGGGGAGUUCUGGCUGGGCAACGACAACAUCCACCGGCUCACCAGCCAGGGGGACUAUUCCCUACGGAUCGACCUGGAGGACUGGAACAACAAGCACAAACACGCCUUCUACCAGCUCUUCAGCAUCGAGGACGAGGAGAACUACUACCGGCUGCACGUGGACGGGUUCAGCGGCACGGUGGAGGAUUCCUUCGCCUGGUACCACGACAAGAGGAGCUUCAGCACCCCCGAUUCCGGCAACAUCUGCGCCGAGAUCUCCCACGGCGGCUGGUGGUACCACCAGUGCUUCUUCUCCAACCUCAACGGCGUCUACUACAAGGGCGGGAGAUAUUCCAUCAAGAACCGGAAGAUGCUGGGGCCGGACGGGAUCGUGUGGUAUUCCUGGAAGGACACGGACUAUUAUUCCCUCCGGAAGGUGGUGAUGAUGAUCCGGCCCCGCACGUUCCGGCCCCGCCUCUCCCCGUGACGGAUCCCGCGGAACGUCGGGAACGGGGAGGGCCGGGAACGCUCCGGGGAAAAAAAACUGUUGGCUUUGGGAGGGAAUCCAUCCAAGGGGGAUCCAACAGGGAAUCGCUCCGGGUCGGGGGGCGGGAGCUCUCCUGGGAACGCUGAGAUGAUUCCUGGGAAGGGCUUUGGGCAUUCCCGGGAGUAAAUCCCGUUGUUCCGGUGGUGGGAAUCGACUCCGAACCGACACUGGAGCUCCGGCGACGUUCCAGGAGGAAGCAGAGGACCGGGAAUCCCGGAAGAGUUUUCCAUGUGGAAUGCCAUGGACCAGCUGUUAUCCCAUGGGAUGAGCGUCCCUCCGCUCCGGGCAGAGCUUUGGAAGACCCGGAAACUCCCGAAGAUCCUGAAGAUCCUGAGGAUCCACCACCA